CAUUUAUUUUUCUUUCAAUUUCUUCUCUUCUUCAUCCUUUUUCCUUUCUAUAAAUCCCCUCUUCAAUACCCUCAUAAACCUCUUCUCUUCUCUUUUCUUCCCCCUCUAUAACUUUAGGCUUUCUUGCUCUUCUAGCUCUUUUUCAUUGAGGGCUGAGUUUCUGUCUGCUCUGUUCUGUUCUGUUCUGCUGGUUUAAUUAAUUCCUCUGUCUUCUUGGUUGAAUCUUGGAUUUAAAGUCAAAAGGCUUUGGAACCCUUUUCCUUCAUUUUUAGUUUCUAUAGCUGAGAGAUCUGCGGGUGUUAUUCUUUGUUAUCUCUUUAAAUCUUGAUGCUGCAUAUUUAUAUAUUAAUGUUUGAGAUUCAUGUCUCCAGUUCUUAGUGAAAUCCUUCGUUCCGGUUUUAUGAUCAAUUCCUCUCUGAGGCGCAGGACCCAUCUUGUUCAAUCUUUCUCUGUUGUAUUCCUUUAUUGGUUCUAUGUUUUUUCAUAAAUAAUCUCUUCAAAUCUGCUUCAAUCAGAUAUAUAGCUACUACUAUUAGUAAUUACAUAGAUAUAUAUAUAGCUAUCUCUCUAUAUAUUAUUAAUUUCCCAAAAAUUAUUCAAUUAGCAACUGGGUCCUGCGUUUUCAAGUCUCCAAGGUAAGAUCAAGAAAAUUAAAAGAUUAAUCUCAGGUUUUAUUGAGAUAAUUUAGUGUAAAUAUAUAUUGUAUCUAUGGCAUCUUCUAGUGGAAAUUCCUCAGGUUCCAGUCUGCUUCACAACUCUGGUUCAGAAGAAGACAUGCAGCUUUUGAUGGAUCAAAGAAAAAGGAAGAGAAUGCAAUCAAACAGAGAAUCUGCAAGGCGAUCCAGGCAAAGAAAACAGAAGCACUUGGAUGAUUUGAUGUCAUUAGUUUCUCAGCUAAGGAAAGACAAUAACCAAAUCCUUACAAGCAUCAAUAUCACCACUCAACAUUUCUUGAAUGUUGAAGCAGAAAACUCUGUUUUGAGAGCACAAAUGGUUGAACUCAGCCAAAGACUUGAUUCCCUAAAUGAAAUCCUUAACUACAUCAACACAAGCAAUGGGAUUUUUGAAAAUGAUCAGGAUCUUCAAACAAACACUGCUGCUUCUGAUGCUUUCAUUAACCCACUUAAUUUGAUCUAUCUUAACCAACCCAUCAUGGCAUCUCCAGAUUUGUUUCAGUAUUGAUGAUCAGAAUUUGGUCAAACUUAUCAGUUUUCUGCUCAUACUCUCAAUGAGUGAAGAAGAAAAAGAAAAAAAAAUCAGGGCUUUUCUACUUGUCUUGUCUACUUUAUCUGUUAUAAUGAUGAUUGCUAGUUUAAUUUUAGCUUCUAGGUUCAAGCAAUAUGUCUAAUGUUUAUGAGAGAGUGGUAGAUGUGAAGAAAAAAAAAAAAAAAGAAGAAAAUUGUAGCUAAGCAGAUGGCAAAUGAUGAUUGGUUGGUAUUUUGGCUUGUAACGGGUCAGUCACUGCAUAAAAACGGUGUGAAUUAUGUGGUCUCUGUGGUACUAUUUAACUGUAUAAUGCAUUUCAUCGUAACUGGUGCAGUGCUCAUCUUUUACUAUUUUUUUUUAAAUUUUUUUCUUCUA